AUGUUAGAGUUAAGGAAGAAACGAUACGAUGAACAUUCCUUAAAAUGCAUCCAGAAGGCUGUGAAAGGGAUGCCUCCGAUGCUAAAAGCGAUGAAAAAAUCCGCCCAUAGCAUUUCGACCAAACGAAACGCCCCAGAAAGAAGCUGCGUCGACAACUGCAAGAAAGGAAAUGUGAUGAAACUGGGUGUGUGCUGUUAUGUGGGCUGUAUGCUGAAGAGCAAUGACAGCUACAAAAGUGAUGUGCUGCCAGGACUUGCUGGGUUACGUUCUGCAUUCAGCUCCCUCACAGUUUUCCGUGGUCGAGUUAAGUAG